ACAACUUCCCUCUUGUCUGCCUCUGAUGUGCUGUUCACAUCGGUUCACUGAAAGUAGUCUUUGGAGGUGAGCGUCCCGUGAGGUUGUACGCAGAAGCAAAGCCAAGUUUAUAUGAUGAUGACGAUGAUGAAGGUGGGGUUGCCCUUCUCUCUUCUCUCUCUUUGGCUCAGCUUCGGCAGCGCUGAUGCGUCGGGUUUGAAAGAGCCACAGAUAUGCUACAUCUUGGACGCGAUUCUGUUCAUCUAUGGGAUUGUUCUCACGGUCCUGUACUGCAGAAUGAAGAUGCGAAGUAAACAAGCAGAAAGAUAUCCAGGGAAGAAAGAUGCCGGUGAAGGGGUUUAUGAGGGUCUCAAGCCUCACGAUCAGGACACCUAUGAGACCAUCAAAAUGAAACAAGGAAAACAAUGAGACUUUAGGCGAAAGGAGAGAAGAAAGUUUCUGGGGCUCAAUACCACUAUCAUCUUAAGCAUAUACCUGUAAAUAAGCUGUCAAGCAAUUACAAGAAGAAUGUUUUUUGCUUAAUAACUAAUAAUAUAUUAUAAUAACUAACAUCAGGCUUUUUGUUUGCCGUUAGUUUGGCAGACAGACUCCAAAGAGAGAUAAUUAAAUAAUCAAAUAGAAUGCCAAAGGAACAUAUAUUUUUGAAUGAUCAUUCUACUGGUGUAAUAAUUUAAAUGUAGUAGUAAUAUUAUUAUUAUUUUUUUAUGAAUGUAUUUUCCUUUUCGCCUUUAAACUACAUUUUAAGCUUCUAACAUAUAUACCGCAGCUGUGUGUCACUAUUUUUCGAUGCUUACUUCCUGCUCUAGCUUCUAUAGCAACAUGCCACCAACCCCACAGAGUCCGAGUCAUUUCCUGUUUUAAAGAGUGCAUGGGGGGUAUGACAAAAAAGUGCAUCUGACUUUGACCACAGGUGUGACAGAUGGAAACAAAGCCGUGUUUGAUUUUAUAUGUGUGAAGGCCUUUUGUUUUUCCAUUGGUUUAAGAGUAAGCACUCAUAUUGUUUUGCUCUGUGGCAAUAAUAGGGUUUUUUUCUGCUUCAUGUGGCA